UUGUGUUGAGCUGAAGGAACUUGUCCACUGCUUUCCCAGAAAACCUCUUUCUCUCAAUUCAUGAGCCAGCAGGAUGUGGUCGCUGCACUUUCAGAACGCCUUCUCAUAGCUGCAUACAAAGGCCAAGCUGAGAAUGUGGUUCAGCUCAUCAACAAGGGCGCCAAGGUAGCAGUUACCAAGCAUGGCCGGACUCCCCUGCACCUUGCUGCCAAUAAGGGCCAUCUUUCUGUGGUCCAGAUCUUGCUGAAGGCUGGCUGUGACCUGGAUGUCCAGGAUGAUGGGGACCAGACUGCCUUACACCGGGCCACGGUGGUGGGCAACACCGAGAUCAUUGCAGCACUCAUCCAAGAGGGAUGUGCCCUGGACAGACAAGACAAGGAUGGGAACACCGCCCUGCAUGAAGCAUCCUGGCAUGGUUUCAGCCAGUCAGCAAAGCUACUUGUUAAAGCAGGAGCCAAUGUGCUUGCCAGGAACAAGGCAGGGAACACAGCUCUGCACCUGGCCUGCCAGAACAACCAUUCUCAGAGCACGCGCAUCCUCCUGCUGGGCGGCUCCCGCGCCGACCUGAAAAAUAAUGCAGGCGACACCUGUUUGCACGUUGCUGCGCGCUAUAAUCACUUGUCCAUCAUUAGGCUCCUCCUCAGUGCUUUCUGUUCUGUCCAUGAAAAGAACCAGGCUGGAGACACAGCCCUUCAUGUUGCUGCUGCUCUAAAUCACAAGAAGGUGGUUAAAAUCCUACUAGAAGCUGGAGCAGAUGGGACCAUUGUGAAUAAUGCAGGCCAGACUCCGCUGGAGACUGCCCGCUACCACAACAAUCCAGAAGUCGCUCUUCUCCUCACUAAAGCUCCCCAGGUCUUGCGCUUCAGUCGUGGGCGAAGCCUGAGGAAAAGGAGAGAGAGGCUCAAGGAGGAGAGGAGGGCGCAGUCUGUACCAAGAGAGGAGGUGGCACAAAGCAAGGGAAGUGUCUCAGCAGGAGACACCCCCAGCAGCGAACAGGCUGGGGUCAAAAAAGAGGAAGCCAGAGAAGAUUUUCUGUCCGCCUCCCCAGAGCCCAGAGCAAAGGAUAACAGGAGGAGAAAGUCAAGGCCCAAGGUGUCAGCAUUAUCUGACCUCACCCCACCAGCAAACCAACAGCCUGGACCCCAGAAGGACUCACAUGCUCAUCAUCACCCUAAAAGGAAGAGCAGGCAUCGGUGCUUGUCUCCACCACCACCCCAUGAGUUCAGAGCGUACCAGCUGUACACACUGUACCGGGGCAAGGAUGGGAAAGUGAUGCAGGCACCAAUAAAUGGUUGUCGAUGUGAACCUCUAAUCAACAAGCUGGAGAAUCAGUUGGAGGCAACUGUGGAGGAGAUAAAAGCAGAGCUGGGAUCAGUUCAGGAUAAAAUGAAUACAAAGCUGGGGCAUAUGGAGAAUAAGACCCAGCACCAAAUUCGUGUUUUGGACAAGCUGAUGGUUGAGCGACUCUCAGCAGAAAGGACAGAGUGCCUGAACCGCCUGCAACAGCACUCAGAUGCUGAGAAGCAUGAAGGAGAGAAACGACAGAUGUCCUUGGUGGAUGAGUUAAAAACUUGGUGCAUGGUGAAGAUUCAGAAUCUAGAGCUGAAGCUUACUGGGGACUCUAGGACCUCCCGGGCUAAAUCCACACCAUCUACUUGUGACUCCUCUACAGGUGUGGAUCAAUCAGUGGUGACAGCAGGUCCAGCAGCAGCCUCUGACAGUUCUUCGCAAGUGGUUAGGCCCAAGGAAAAGGGCCCCAACAUGACUGCUACCCACAGACUCCAGCAGGAGCUGUCCUCCUCUGACUGUACUGGCUCCAGACUGAGGAAUGUCAAGGUCCAGACAGCCCAGCUGCCCUUGAAUGAAGCAGCCAAAUGUGACCAGCAGGCUGGGCCAUGUGUCAACAGAGGCACUCAAACCAAGAAGUCUGGGAAGAGUGGGCAGACAAGGCAUCGGGCCCAGCAGCCCAGUGGCACCUGUGGGCGGUCAGCAGCAGGCAACGAGCAGGCUGCCCCUCACGUCCGAGACACUUCCCAAGCCCUGGAGCUUACCCAGUGUUUUUUUGAAGCUGUUUCUACCCAGAUGGAAAAGUGGUAUGAAAGGAAGAUUGAAGAAGCACGAAGUCAAGCCAAUCAGAAAGCCCAGCAAGACAAGGCCACACUCAAAGAACAUAUUAAAAGUUUAGAAGAGGAACUUGCUAAACUGAGGACGAAGGUGCAGAAGGAAAAUUAGGACAUGGAGAAUAGAACAAGAGAAUUCUUGAGGAUUUCUAGCUUUGCAACUGCAGAAUAGCUAUGGCUAAGAAGUGAAUUAUUGUACAUGUAACAGAUAUGCCUUUUAAAAAAUCAUUAAUUUCUAAAAUAUGCCAGACAAGUGCUUCAUAUACCUGAAGUUACAGAGAAGAGACUUCAACAAUUAAGUUGAAACCAGGGGAAGCUUGCUAUAUUAGGUUUCAAUACAAGCCCUAAACCUCAGUCCAGAUUCAUCUGAAGGUCAAAAGUUCAGAUUAAGCAAGCCAAACUAAGAAACAGAAUGAAGUCUAAACCUUAACCCUUAAAUUCAACAUGUGUGAAAUUAUAAGUCAAAAGCAAGAAAAUUAAAUCCUUGCAAACUCAAUGAGUCAUUCAUAUGAAUACACCUGCUGUGCCUAGACAAGAGUGUCUUUAUAAGAGAAGUGUAAUUCUGAGAUGUGCUCAACCCACUUUGUCAGAACCCAAUCCUCAAAAUGGUGUUUUAACCAGGUGAAAAUUUACCAAACAGAUUUUUGAGGGGAAAGAGAUUUUCAUGAUGUCAUAAUUCAGUAUAUCUUAAUUUUUUGAAAUGUCAAGAGAUUAAAUGAUGAGUAAUUGGCUAACAGGACUGGAAAUGUUAAUAAUUAGCUAAAAUGAGAAAAUUUCAAAUGACUUCAUUAUGGUUACUGUAUUUUCAACCAAAAAAAAUCAAUGAUAGCAGAUUAAUGGAAAGAACAUUCAUGUAACAAGUACCUGAAACUUCUAUAAUCCACUCAUAAACCUAAUUACCUUAGAGUACCUUUCUGAAUGAGAUUGAUCUACUUUAAUAUUUUUUAAAGAAUAUUCCUUUAAAGUAUUUCAUUUUAAAUUGAGUUCUAUCACUAAAGAACCUUAAACUUUCUAUGGGUUUGUAAUGACUGUGUUUAUGCCAUGUUCAUGUCAGUGACUAGCUUGAAAUCUCCCCAGCUUGAUGGAGCCCUUAAGACUUUACUUUGGUAGCAAUGAAAUGAACACAGGGAAAAGGCUGUCAAAGCAGCUUGGUUAUGCUGAAACUCUGGAUUUAAUUAUCUUUCAAGGUUUUUGUUCUUUGAAAUGUGAGAUUUUAUCAAUGUCCUCAAAAUUUCACAUAUGAUAGAAAUUUCAAUUCUGUUUCUAUAAACAGGAAACUAGUUAACUAUUGGCCAUAAUUGUGAAUAAAAUAGUGCUUAUUGAGCCAAAGAAAAAUGACUUGUUGACAUGGAAAUACCCUGAAAAACAGUAUGCUCUUAGUCCCUUUGUCAAGCUCACAGUUUUGGGGUUUUUCUGAUAGUGACAAUCCACGGAUAUAAACAUUUCUUAAAAAUAUAAUUCAGUAUCACUGUUAAAGCUGAAGAUGAAAUGCAUGUGAUCUAAAGUUGAUGUCAUGUGCCAUGAGCUGUCAUGUUUCUCAGAUCCACGGUAGGGAAGUUCUUCAGCUCAUUGGGUUGAUCAUCUAGGGGCUGUUCACUCUUUUCAUUUCACUAUCUGUUCUUAAUGUAGAAUCACAGUUUUGUAGAGCUAGGUGGUAUCUUCAGUUUUCUAAAUCUAUUCCCAAGACAUCAAAAAUUUCUGUAGGAUCAUUCCUCAAUAUCUACUGAUUUACUGGGACCUGCCUAACAUUCUGAGAUAAAAUCCUGAUGAGUUAAGUCAUGCCCCAAGCAGGCGUUAUUUUUACUUAUCAGAACAUUUUCUUUCCUCAAGGUUUCCUCGUGAAAUGCUGAAAUCAAUUUUAACUGAACCAUCAAGGCUAGACUAUAAAGUGCUUUGGUGGGAGUAUUUUGGUUAUAUACCUCCUGUCCAUUAGGAGCAGGGAGCUAGCUUAUCACUGUGAACUGGGUAUUUUUGUCAAAAGUCACAGCUAGGGAAGAGAUGAGAGAGGAAUUAGAAAGGUCAAAUGGACCUAGUCCAGCAGUCUACAAGGAUGUCUCUUGGUGCUCUGUCACAAAAGAGAAAACCAAGAGAAGCGGCAAACAGAACAGAGUUAGUCAGCUUUCUACUCAGUGGGCUCAAGUGUCAGUGAAGACCAACACAAUAGUGUUGCAAUUUCAACAACUCUGUCAGGUCUUUUUUGUUCCUUAGCAUCAUGAAAACAACUGCAGGUCUAGUGUGUAUUUUCCCGUAUUUUGCCCCUGAGCUAUCUGCUACAAAUGCUCCAACUUUAUUUUUCUGAAGAAACAGAACUAUUAGCAAUUUAUAGCUUGCCAUGUAGGCUGUAUUUCAGUUUGAAGCUGAAACUUUCAAUACCUGUGGGGAAAAGUGAUAUAAAACAGAAAAAAGCUGUACAAUAUUACAAUGUUUUAAAAUUGUUAGUACAUUAUUUCAUUGUGUAUACUAAAUAUAUGUGAUAAACUGAAUGUUAGUUCUAAUCUCACUUUUGACUUUGGGAGCCCAAAAUAAAGGAAAUAUUUUUAUGUUUAUACCUCUUUUUUGAGUCAAAGGUUGAUAUACUGAGAAGCAUGUUCCUUGUCUUCCAUUUAGUAUUUUUAUCACCUUGAAUUUGUGUCUCCUCCAAGUAUCAAACAUUGUUCCCAAUACUACAGACCUUAAACUCAUUAAAAAAUGAAAACGUGA